AUGCCAGUCUUUUACAUCAACGCUCAGCAUCGAUACCAGGCCAACGCAUUCGUGGCCGUCACUCAGAUCAACGACUACAUUGCUUCCAAUGAUGAAAUACUAUCCGUCAUCGCUUCGCCUCUCUACGCCAUGCGCCUGUUGGGCUUACAAGAAGCCCACGCCAACCGCAUGAUAAGGAUCGCUGGUGAGGCAAAGCCUUCACCUGAAGGCUUUUUCGGCACCCCGAAUUUGAUGGACCAGCUGCGAAAGGCCGUUCCAAAGAAUACAAUCUUCGUCGUCGAAGCAAUCACCAACACCCAGUCGGUCGCAGAGCAGCUUCGAUUGACAACUCCUGGCUCCUGGUUCAAUAGUGGCGGAGGUGGUCUUGGUUAG